CACUUGAAGAAACAGUUACGGCUAGCGAGCCGUAUAUGACGGUUGAUUAAAGAUCUUCGUCAACACAGUUUAGAGUGUAAUUGAGAGUAGGCUGAAAAUGUUGAUUACCGCUAAAGUGGUGGCUAUAGGUUUGGGUUUAGCCCUCACCGCCUUUACCGUAUCCACAAUUGUGUUGGCUGUGCAAAAGUCGAAUCUAAAAGACGAUCUACAAAACGCACGCGAUGAAAUAGAGCAAUUGUUAAAGAGCACCACCACAACCACUACAACCGCCAUAACCACAACCGCGGUAACAACACCGACGAGUAGCAGCGCAGGCACAACACCCACCACAACAACAAUUGCGCCGGUGCCAACAACAACAUCUACAUCAACACCAGGGUCUUCAACUACAGCGCCGGAAGUUAUUGACUACAGACUGCCCGACAGCAUUUACCCCACCAGUUAUGAUCUCUAUCUACAUCCCGACAUUGAGACGGGCAAUUUCACCGGUCAAAUCCGCAUCAGAGUCCAAACAACGCGUGCCAUCAAACAAAUUUUACUCCAUUCCAGCGGAUUAAUAAUUAACAAUGUUUAUUUGGUGAACACACCGAGCGCAACAAUAUUCGUUCAGAACUACUAUUUGGAUACAGUACGCGAGUUUUUGGUAAUCGAGUUGAGUGAGGAGUUGGCCGCUAAUCUUACCUUUCAGAUUGGCAUAUUGUUUGAGGGUAAUAUGUCUGGUAAAAUUGUAGGACUCUACAGUUCGUCGUACUUGAAAGCGGAUAAUAGCAGAAAGUAUAUUGCGACAUCUAAAUUUGAGCCAACCUAUGCGCGUCUCGCUUUUCCCUGCUUUGAUGAGCCCGCAAUGAAGGCGACGUUCGACAUUACAUUAGUACAUCCCACAGAGAAUGACUACCAUGCGCUCUCAAAUAUGGAUAUUGCGAGCACAUCGUAUCAGGGUAAAUACACCGAGGUACACUUCAACCAAAGCGUGCCGAUGAGCACAUAUUUAGCUUGUUUCAUUGUAUCGGACUUUAAAUACAAAUCGGCUGAAAUCGAUACGAAGGGUAUUGGCAACACAUUCACUUUGCGUGCUUUUGCCACACCCGAGCAGUUGGAUAAAGUCGAUUUCGCUUUGGAAGUUGGCAAGGCAGUGAUCGAGUAUUAUAUACAAUACUUCCAGGUGGAAUAUCCGCUGCCAAAAUUGGACAUGGCCGCCAUACCGGAUUUCGUCUCUGGCGCUAUGGAACAUUGGGGUCUGGUGACAUAUCGGGAAACCUCUUUGCUAUAUGACGAAGAGGUUAGCUCAACGACGAAUAAGCAGCGUGUCGCGAGUGUUAUUGCUCAUGAGUUCGCACAUAUGUGGUUUGGCAAUUUGGUUACUAUGGCUUGGUGGAAUGAUUUAUGGCUUAAUGAGGGUUUCGCGAGCUAUAUUGAAGAUAAAGGUGUUGAGGCGAAAUUUCCUGAAUGGAAAAUGCGUGACCAAUUCAUUACUGGCACUCUGCAUGGCGUGCUCACUUUGGACGCCACACUCGGCUCACAUCCCAUCAUACAGACAGUAGCGAAUCCCGAUCAAAUCACAGAAAUUUUCGACACUAUCACUUACUCGAAGGGUUCUUCAAUCAUACGAAUGUUGGAAGAUUUUAUUGGUGCUGAGAAUUUUCAAAAAGCUGUUACCAACUAUCUGAAUGAAUAUAAAUAUAAAAAUGCUGUGACCGAUAAUUUCCUAACAGAAAUCGAGAAACUCGGUUUGGAUAUUGAUGUGAAAUCGAUUAUGAACACUUGGACCGAGCAAAUGGGUCUGCCCGUUGUGGAGGUGGAGCAAGUAAGCGCUACACAGUUCAAACUCACCCAAAAACGGUUCUUCUCCAAUCCUGAUGAUUAUAGUGGCACUUAUGAUGAUUCGCGCUUCAAUUACAAAUGGUCUAUACCAAUUACAUAUAAAACAAAUAACGAUACUGAAGCUGUGAGAGAAUGGUUCUACUACGAUCAGCCGGAAUUAAUCAUUGAAUUGACUGCCGUUCCGCAGUGGAUCAAAUUCAAUUAUGAUCAGAUCGGCUACUAUCGCGUCAACUAUCCUGCUGACUUGUGGCUAAGUUUGGCGAAUCAGUUAAUCGCUGAUCCGACAAAAUUCUCAGUUGGGGAUCGUGCGGGACUCUUAAACGAUGCCUUCUCUCUCGCCGAUGCGACACAACUUUCUUACGACACAGCACUCGAUAUGACCGCGUAUCUGGCAAAGGAACCUGAUUAUGUGCCCUGGAAUGUGGCAGCAUCAAAGUUGACCUCACUCAAACGUCUGCUGAUGUUCACUGAAGUUUUUGGUAAUUACAAGAAAUAUGCGCGCGAGUUGAUUAAGCCGAUCUACGAGAGCGUCACGUGGACUGUGGGCGAAGAUCACUUGGAGAACCGCUUGCGUGUAACUGUACUAUCGGCAGCCUGUUCACUGGGUCUCGAAGAUUGUCUGAGCGAAGCUGGGUCGCGCUUCAACACUUGGUUGAGUAAGCCAACCGAACGGCCGCAUCCCGAUAUUCGUGAGACUAUCUACUAUUACGGCGCUUUCUCCGCUAAUGAGCAGUCUUGGCAGACAAUGUGGAAUCUAUUUGUGAGCGAAAUUGAUGCCAGUGAGAAAUCUAAAUUAAUGUAUGGUCUGUCUGCUGUACAAGUGCCAUGGAUACUGAGCAACUACAUCAAUCUCGCAUGGGAUGAGAACAAUGUACGCGGCCAGGAUUACUUCACUUGUCUACAGUAUAUAGCUGCUAAUCCGGUUGGGGAACCUUUGGUUUGGGAUUAUGUACGGGAAAAUUGGCUUAAAUUGGUUGAACGUUUCGGCUUGAAUGAACGUUACUUGGGCAGUAUGAUUCCGUCUAUAACCUCACGUUUCGAUAAACAAACAAAAUUGGAGGAAAUGGAACAAUUCUUUGCCAAAUACCCGGAGGCUGGUGCUGGUGCGGCGGCACGUGUUCGCGCUUUGGAGACGGUUAAAAAUAAUAUUGCAUGGUUGGCGAAUAAUAAGAAUAGCAUUGGCGCGUGGCUGGAAGAAGUCUAUUCGGAAGACUCAGUCCGACGAACAGGUUUACUAUUUCUUGUGAAUAUCCUUAAAAACAAAUCUGUUAUCGGCACAAAAUGCUGCGUAAUGUUAACAGCGCCGAAUAUUGCAAUUUGCCUUGCAUUGACCACAACAGCCUUUAUGAUAUCAACGAUUUUUUUAGCUGUCGAAAAGGCCGACUUAAAGGAUGAUUUAGAUAAAGCUUUAAAUAAGUUAGACGAGUUUUAUACGGUGCCGACCACUUUGCUCACCACUUUGUCCACCACUUUGCCCACCACUGUAACCGCGCCAUCAACGGCAAGCCCAACUGCAACUGCCUCAACACCCUCAACAACGUCGCCAGGAACUGCAACCAAUCCACCUAAUACAACACCCAGCUCAACGGCCAGUCCGACGACGGUCUCCACACAAUCGACGCGUACAACAGCAGGCAUUAUUUGGCCAACAGAAACUGUAACAGCUACAACAAUAACAGCCGUGACGUCAAAUCCGAAUUAUCCGACGCUGCCCACGGGUUUACCAGAUCCGGAAGAGAUUAUUUAUCGUCUACCAACCGAAAUUCGUCCCGUCAAAUAUCGCCUCUAUUGGCAUCCGAACUUCGAUACGAACACCUGCGAAGGCUCGGUGACCGUACAAGUUGAGGUCGAUGUGCCAACAAACCUGAUUGUUAUGCAUUCUAAGGACCUGGAGAUCAAUGGCAUCAGCAUACUAAAUGUCAUGGCAUAUAUGCGCAUACGUGUUAAAUCAUUUUAUUUGAGUGAGGAACGUGAGCUGCUGAUAAUUGAAUUGGAGGAAUUGCUCCGUACCAGCACACCAUAUGUGGUGAACGUAGAUUUUAUAUGUCAAUUGACUGGAUUGAACGGCAUGUAUUCAAGCGUAUACAAGGAUGAGGCGAAUGAGGAAAGAUGGAUUGCUACAACGAAAUUCGAGCCUACUUAUGCACGUACUGCCUUCCCCUGCUUCGACGAACCGGCUUUGAAAGCCUCUUUUAUCAUUACAGUAGUACGUCCAACCAACGGUGGUUAUCAUGCGCUAUCAAAUAUGCCAGUUGCGAGCGAAGUGGUAAAUGGCAAUGUAACGGAAGUGACGUUUGAGCAAAGUGUACCGAUGAGCACAUAUCUCGCUUGCAUUAUUGUUUCCGACUUUGCUUCUCAAUCCAAAACUGUAAAUGGUACACUAGAAGGUGCUGACGAUUUUGAAAUGCGUGUUUUUGCUACUUCCAAUCAAAUUGAAAAAGUCACUUAUGCCUUGGAAACUGGUGUCGGCAUCACUGAAUACUAUAUCGAUUUCUUCAAUGUCUCUUACCCAUUGCCCAAAUUGGAUAUGGCUGCUAUACCAGACUUUGUCUCAGGUGCCAUGGAGCAUUGGGGCUUAGUUACAUACCGCGAAACUGCCCUACUUUAUGAUCCCACAAUCAGCUCCAGUGCGAAUAAACAGCGCGUAGCUACAGUGGUGGCGCAUGAAUUGGCACAUAUGUGGUUCGGUAAUUUAGUAACUAUGAAAUGGUGGAAUGAUUUGUGGCUAAAUGAAGGCUUCGCCAGCUAUAUUGAGUACAAAGGUGUUAAUAAAGUGCAUCCUGAGUGGGAUAUGCUCGAUCAAUUCAUCGUUUCUGAUUUGCAUAACGUACUCGAACUUGAUGCCACUUUGGCUUCACAUCCUAUUGUUCAGACUGUAGAGAGUCCCGCACAAAUUACAGAGCUUUUCGAUAGCAUAACAUAUUCAAAAGGUGCUUCUGUUAUACGUAUGUUGGAGGAUUUGGUGGGGGAGGACAAAUUCCGUACUGCCACAAACAACUAUCUGUAUAAAUUCUACUAUAGCAACGCAGAGACUGAAGAUUUCUUGUCAGAAAUCGAAGCCCUUGAAUCUGAUUUCGACGUGAAAUUAAUUAUGCAAACAUGGACUGAACAAAUGGGCUUACCCGUGGUAGAAGUGCAGAAAGAUGGAAAUACAUAUACACUUACACAAAAGAGAUUCCUAUCAAAUCCAGAAGAUUACAGUGCUGAAUUUGAAGAAUCCAAAUUCAACUAUCACUGGUCCAUACCAAUAACAUAUUUCACAAGCGAAAACGCAGAAGUUGCUCGCACUAUUUUUAAUUACAAUGAUAAUGAGGUAAAAAUAACACUCAACAGUUCUGCCGAUUGGAUUAAAAUCAAUAAGAACCAAGUCGGUUAUUAUCGUGUAAAUUACGCAGCCGAACAAUGGGGGGAGCUGACGAAUGCACUUAUUGCCUCUCGCGGCAAAUUCAGUAAUGCCGAUCGCGCACAUCUCCUCAAUGAUGCCUUCUCUUUAGCUGAUGCCUCACAGCUGGAUUACAGUAUUGCACUGAACUUGGCUUUGUACCUGGAAAAGGAGUUGGAUUAUGUGCCAUGGCGUGUGGCCAGCGGGUGCCUUUCAGAUAUUAGAAAUCUGCUUUACUACACAGAUUCAUAUCGUGACUUUGUGGUAUUUGUACGUAAAUUAAUUGUCAAUGCUUAUCAAAAUGUGACAUGGGAAGUGAGUGGAGAUCACUUGGAUAACUUGCUGCGCGUCAAUAUAUUGAGUUUAGCCGGUAAUUUCGAGUAUCAGCCAAUGUUGAAUGAAGCCGCUACGCGUUUUACCGCUUGGUUGAGCAAUCCUAGCGAAAGACCCGAUCCGGAUAUACGUGUGGCUGUGUAUAACUUUGGUAUGAAGAGUGUAGGUGAUGAAAAGACAUGGGAUCAAGUGUGGGAAUUGUUUAUAAACGAGCAGGAUGCGCAAGAAAAAGCCAAACUGAUGGAAGCCUUAGCGGCAAUAAACUCGCCUUGGAUUUUGCAACGUUACAUCAAUUUGGCCUGGAACGAGAGCUAUGUACGCGGACAAGAUUAUUUCACUUGCCUUACAUACAUAUCACGUAAUCGCAUCGGUCAAAGCUUAGUAUGGGAUUAUGUGCGCGAGAACUGGCAACGUUUAGUAGAUCGCUUCGGCAUUAACGAACGUUAUUUGGGUCGCUUAAUACCAUCCAUAACUUCGCGUUUUGUUACACAAACGAAAUUAGAAGAAAUGGAAGCAUUCUUCGCCAAAUAUCCAGAAGCAGGUGCUGGCACGGCAGCACGAAAACAAGCAUUGGAGACAGUUAAAUUCAAUAUUAAAUGGCUAGAACAGAAUAAGGAGAAAAUAGCAAAAUGGUUGGCGGAGCAGAAUACGGGAAGCGUGACUACUCCAGCUACAAUAACUGAAGAUGCGAGCUCUUAAAAUCAGACCGCAUUUUAUUAAUAUUCCACCCAAAGUCAUGUUAUGUGAAUUUAUGAAAGCUUUUUCUUUAUUUUUAUAUACAUUAAUAUAAAUAGUAUUUUAACAUAUGAAUUUAUGUAAGUACUUUAAUGAGAGUGUAAAAUUUGUUGACUUUUAUUAAAGUUUGAAUAUUGAAAACUGAAGACAAUAAAUGUAAAUUGUU